CGUCGCCACGGACGCGAGUGGCGGUCCCUUGCAGUCGUUCGCAAUCUCUCGCGGUCGUUGCAUGAACAUGCGUCGCGCGGCGCGUCGUGUUACUCCGAUUUCCCCGAGCGUCGUGUGUGUACAUCUCUCUCGUAACCGCUAACUGCAAGUUUCGCGAGGACAUUGUCAGCGAUGACGAUCGGUAUUCAGUGUUAGUCAGGAUAUAUCCUUGCGUGGGAAAAUCGCGUGACGUUUUGCGACCUCCGCCGCUCCGAAUGACGGAACAUUUUUCGAGAACAUGGAGGCGACGGGGAUCCUCGAAGAAUGUUCGCGACGACCCAAACUACAUUCAUAAGGCGGGCAUGUGCAGAAAGAAAGUUCGGAGUGACAGACAAUUUGACAACGUGGAUUACACACAACUUACGGAAACCGAUAAUGGUUUCUUUGACUCUCAAUUUGUAGGCCCACCGGUGAAAAUACCAUGGAAAGCCAUCACAUUAGCAGCUCUUCUCUUUGUUGGAGGGACUGUUAUGCUUAUUAUAGGAAGCUUGAUUGUGAGCGGACACAUUGAUUCGAAAUAUUCAGAUCGAAUGUGGCCAGUGAUAAUUUUGGGAGCCUUGAUGUUUAUACCUGGGGCUUAUCAUAUGAGGGUGGCUAUUUUAGCGUAUCAGAAAGUACCUGGCUAUUCGUUUGAUGAUAUACCUGAGUUUGAUUAAAUAUUUAUGUAUAUAUAUAUACAUAUGCACAUAUAGUACUUACUUAUAUUAACACAUUUGUGUAUUGUAUUUCUUUACAUGAAUUUAGUAGAAAACCCAUUUGUGCAUAGAUAAAAUCACAUAUAUGAAAACACAUAUAUAUAUAUAUAAUAUAUAUAAAAAGGAAAUAAUAUUUCUUAUUUUAUAUUGAAGCAUUUAUAUGUUUAGAUGUGUGAAUUCUGUUUGUGAAGAUGUUAUAUAUUCUAUGAAUAUAGUAAAAUAUAUUGUUCCUAUUUUAUAAAUUUAUCUAAAAUUUAUAUAUGCAGAAACACAGUUUUGCAGCAUGCAAAAUGCUGAUAUUUCAUGUGAUUAAAAUAGAAGGAUACAUUUUUACAGCUUGUAACAGUUAUCCCUGUUUGCGUUCUUUUGUAAACCAUCUUUUUUACAUAAAUGUGUAUUAAGGAAGACAUUUGAUCAUUAUAAAAAAAAA